AUGCUUAUCAAGUCUCAAAAUAAAGUGGAUGCCCUAACCCCAUUUCUGAUCUUUUUCGUUGUGGGGUUCCUAUUUGGCAUCUUCCUAGCGUUCCUACAUGUGCGAUUAGUGAGAUCUAUGACGAAGAGCCGACUUUCAUCCAAGCGUACAGAAAAGAAGAGGAAGGCAAAAAAGUCGAAAAAAGGGAAAGAAGGGAAAGGCAAAGGCAAGGAGAAAAAGAAGGGGAAAAAGAAGAAGUAA